AUGGCCAUUCUGGCAAGCGGAGGUCUAACGAAAGACGAGGCUGGUGGAGAGCGACGGCUGGCAGCACGGCACGGGGAGCUGCGCUGUUGGGAUUGUCAGCCCCUGGGGAGCCGAGUGAUGGAGGGGUGGGACAGUGCCCUGGUUGAUCUGUUUUUCUCCAACCAGUAUCUUCAGAUCACAACUACUGUGCCAUCCACCUCGGUGUAUGGGUUUGGCGAACAUGAGCUCAGCAGGGAUCAGGCACCAACGUCAUUUGCCAACCUCUAUGGAGUUCACCCUUUCUAUAUGUGUGUAGAAGCCGACUCCAACGCCCACGGUGUUCUCCUUCUGAACUCCAAUGCACAAGAUGUUUCUCUGAGUCCAAACCCAUCCCUAACUUUCCGCACUAUUGGAGGGAUCCUUGACUUCUAUGUCUUCCUUGGACCAACUCCCGAAAACGUAAUUCAGCAAUACACAGAGGCCAUUGGACGCCCGCACAUGCCUGCCUACUGGUCUCUGGGAUUUCACCUCUCCCGAUGGGGUUAUGGCAACAUUGAUGUUUUAAAGAAAACUGUUGAUCGCAUGCACUACUAUGAUAUCCCAUAUGAUGUCCAACAUCUUGAUAUUGACUACAUGGAACGUCGCCUGGACUUUACCUAUGAUAAAGUGAAUUAUGCAGGUCUGCCAGAGUACCUCCAACAGCUGAAGAAGGAAGGAAUGCACAAUGUCGUGAUUCUGGUAAAUUAA